UAAAGGAUUUCUGUGACAUGUCUUGUUUACUCAGAAUGCACUAGGAAAGUGGACCUUGCCUUCCUGUUUGAUGGGUCAGAAAGCCUGAAAGCAGACGAUUUAAAGAAGAACAAAGACUUCAUUGCUGCCAUGAUGAAGACACUUUCAAAUAUCCCUAUACAGUUUGCAGCAAUGCAGUUUUCGAAGACGUCCCGCACUGUUUUCACCUUUAAAGACUACCAGGAAAAGACGGCAUUGGAUCUCUUAGAAAAGGAACAACACAUGAAGGACGUCACCAACACAUAUAGUGCAAUGAACAAUGUUCUAUACAAAAUUUUGAACAGCACAACAGCUGGUGCCAUUCCAGAUGCUACAAAGGUUCUAGUCAUCAUCACAGAUGGAAAUCCAUCUGACAAGGAUUGGAAAAGCGUUGUCAGAACUAUGGAUGACAGGCAUAUCACCCGUUAUGUUAUUGGGGUUGGUUAUGUCGCCCGGGAGACACUGACAGCCCUGUCAUCACAUCUCCCAAACAAGAAUACUACCUUCCCCAUAAAUGACUACGAUGGACUGAAGGGAGUCUUGCAUAGUCUACUGAUACAGAUCUACAACAUUGAAGAUUGGCAGUGCUGUCAUCGUGUUGAUGGAUGAUGCAACUCUGGCAAAUUGCAUCCCCUCCUACAGAGACCGAAUUGCCCUCUUCAAUUUCAGCAAAAGUCUCCUCUCAAAAUGAUUAGAUAGAUUACAUCAGUUUUGGUGCUCACGACAAUGUCUGCAAUGCCGGUUUUGAAUGACUUAAUCAGACUGUACUUCAGACUUUCUUUCAGUAACAAAGAAAUACUUGCAAUUUUAGCACAUAACAAUGAAGAAGAGGCUAUAUGAAACUAUCUAAGGCUAAACAUAUUUUACUUUUUCUUUUACCAUCAAAAUGAAAUUGUAGGCUAUGUUUCAUAUAUUGUAUGCAUUAUGUAGAAUUUUUCAUGCAGGGACCGCUUUUAGCUCAUUAGUUAGCGCUUUAGUUGAGAUCUCUUGUAAAGCCUCUUUAACGGUAAAAAGGUUAAAUGUUACUUUUAACAUUGAAAUGUUAGUUUAAAAAGUUGACCCAUUCUGGUUAUGCUCUUUAUUGACCAGCCUAUCUGGUUAUGACAUUUAACCAUGUUAUUAUUGGUAUUACUAAGAAAAUGUAUUUUUAUAUAAAUUUUUUAUGUGAACUAAAUGUUACUUCUUCCACCACA